AUGGCGACUGUGCCGGUUAACCCAAAACCUUUCCUGAACAACCUGACAGGGAAACCUGUUAUUGUCAAACUCAAGUGGGGUAUGGAGUACAAAGGUUAUCUUGCUUCGGUGGACUCCUAUAUGAAUCUCCAGCUUGCCAACACUGAGGAGUACAUUGAUGGGCAAUUCUCUGGAAACCUGGGAGAGAUUCUAAUCAGGUGCAACAACGUUCUGUAUCUCCGAGGCGUUCCAGAGGAUGCAGAGAUAGAGGAUGCAGAGUGA